AUGGCUGCCAUUUUGGAGUAUUUCGGUACGCUGCCCGAGCCCUGCCCGCGCUGUGUGCACCAUGUAGUCGUCGCUCCAGGCACCACCACCUACCGCUUCAAGGCCAAUGGUUUGACCAUCUGGCUCGACACAUACCUCGAUAGACCCUCGGUGCUGGCCAAAUACAUGCGACCCGAGGAUGUAGAAGAGGCCGACUACAUUUUCAUCUCUCAUGCCCACUUUGAUCAUCUCCCCGGCGCCGACAUCAUCGCCAAAAAGACGGGCGCUAUUGUGAUUGCCAACGGCGAGGCCAUCAGCCUCCUCCGCAGCCGCGAUGUUCCCGAGAAUCAGCUCAUCCCAGUCGCUGGCGGCGAGAGGAUCCCUCUAUUCCUCAAGGCAGACCGUGAAAAGGCCAUUAUGGGGGAGAUCGAAGUCGCUCCGGCCAUGCCGGGUGCACCCCCCCGGCCGGCCGACAAGUUCGCCGCCAUGGACGUGCACUGCUGGCCUGCGCUGCAUUGUUUCAUGCCCAUGGUUGACGGCCACCCGCCCGAGUAUAUUGACUCGCUGACCGACUACACCGGCCAAACCGGCCCGUACACAUGCACGGUGGACAUUACCAACGGCAUGAAAUGGGGCAUCAUGCGGCUUGGGGAGCUGAUACCCCCUGAGCAGCAAGACGAAUCUGUCCGGUCCACCAUCGAGUACUGCAAUGAUCGCGAGAAGCACUUGUAUUCGCACUUUGAUGGCGGCCAGAUGGCCUACAACUUCCUCAUCGGACCUGGCAAGACGAUGCUCUGGAGUGCCCACAUGGGCGCCUACGAAGGAGUCAUGAAACGCAUCGAGCCCAAGCCCGACAUCGCGGUUCUGGCCCUAGCCGGACGGGCCAACUUGGACGGAAGACCGUUUGAUGGCUCGGCGGCCGACUUUCAGGUCAAGCAACUCAACUGGCUUGGCGAGCCAGCCACUGUUAUAUGGUGUCUGCAUGAUCAAUGCUCCUUACGACCUUUUUACAUUGACACAAAGGGUGCCGAUGAGAGGAUUCACAAGGAAACCAAGUCCCGAGUGCAAUAUCUGGAACCUACGGUCCCAUUCACACUCUAG